CUGUGGUACAUAUAAUGAUCGAGACACCAUUGCAUCACCAAAACCGCGCAGUUAACACAAACACGAAAGGGAGGACCAAAAUGUCGUUUUCGCGAAAGGCCCUUUUAAAAAUAUUGGCCGUUUGGAUGGUUUUUGUACAAACUUUAUGUGUUACUGAAGCAAGACCAACAGACCCACCAGCAUGUCUUCCAGGACAAUUUUAUGACGAUAUUGUUUUUACGUAUCGGCCAUGUUCAAUUUGCUUUACAGAAGAGGGACAGCAGUUUCAAUGGAAUUGCAACAACUGCAACUGUGCGCGAGAUAAACCAUCAACCACCACAACAAUAUCCAUCCUAACAUCUACUGUGACAUUACCAAGCACUUUACCAGAAAACAAGACGAAAAACCAAACUGGCUUCUCCGUAAUACCGACGCCAACAAAGCUGAUAUCACGUGUACCAGUAACCAAUUCUACAAGCACUGCAAGUGAUGAAAUCAGUGAAGCCGAUCAGUGGAAAUUACCAGUCAUCAUUAUUGGCUGCAUAGUUGGUCUUUGUGUCAUGAUUGUCGGUGUAAUAAUCUGUUGCUACAGAUGGUAUUCUUCUCGCAGUCGUAAUGAGGACACCACACAAGGUUGUUGCUCAAUAAAAAGAACAAAGCGACCACUACAAUGCACCAAUGACGACGGCGACAGCUCUUUUCCAUCGACUCCUUGCAUGGACGUGACUAUUGACGUCCCAGGCUACCGCGUCCAACCAUACCGUCUUGUGACGUCAGGCAAGCAUGCGUUCUUCGUACCUGCAACUAUUAGUAAUAGUUCAAUGCAGAGUUCAAUUGAAGAGACGUUUGUCUAGAGCGGUUUCCACCUAGCCUCCUCAGCAGGCAUCACAAAGAAUCACGGGCUUCCUGUUUUUUUUGGGGAGUCAAGAGUCACUAGUCCCUAACGGCCAAGAUGACCGUUUCAAAGGAAGCCCAAAGGAGGAAGAAAAAGAUUUGCCAGCAGAGGAGGCUAGUUUUCACCGUACCCUGAACUAUAAACUAAUAUAGACACUAGUAGACCUUGAGUCCAUAAGAAAGUCUUAUUUUCUUGCUGAUGUACGUACGACAAAGUGCGAUUGAAGCCUAUAGAUCAAGGAUUCGUCCCUUAUGGACAGUUCUUUGUCAAGGACAGGACAAGGCUUGUGCAACACUCGCGCAACACUUUCAUUUGGAAAAAAUGAGUAAAGACUGAGUACAAUACAUGGCUUGUUUUUGAAGUGAAAAGCUUUUAGUCGCCAUGUGUUUUUGUAAAAAAUGAUCUCUGUAUUUUAUCAGACGGUGUCUGGCUGUCCUGCCCUUGAAGUACAUGAUACAUAAGAUAUAUCGAGGUUACUAGUAGAUGUAUCGACUCGUUCACUACUUACACUCUGUCAGUUCUAUAAAUAGAUUUUAGAAGGACGUCCUAGUAGAGUGACGUAAUAACGAGUAGUGAUGUUGGAAUGUUGCAAUUUUUAUAGAGAUUUUAUAGUUUUUUAGUUAGUAAUAUUAGUACGUAAUGUGAUUUAAAUCUAUCAAGCAUUUGUUAUGCUUUUGGUUUGGGGAACUUCUGUAUCUUCAAACACAAUUUUCAAUUAAUAUUCUCUGCUUGUGGGACAUUAAUCCAGUCGUACAUUAAUAAUACAAAUUAUUGAUAAUACAUUAUUGCAAAUAUAUAUAUACUGUAUACACAAAAACAACAAAGAGAACGAAUAUGACGGGCUGCGUUUGAGUAGGAAAGAGUAAUUUCAGCUUUUGAGAAUAAUUUUAAUUUUGUUAGCUGUAUUUAUUUAUUAUAGUUUAAUAUAUGAUGUUGUUGACGCUCAGUGUUUAACACUAUUGCUUUGAAAUAUAUUUCCGUGUCAAUUGAUUCGUUUAUAAGAAAGUAUAACUUAACGUGAAUAUAUCAUACUUGCAUUAUAGAAGAGACAACAUGAGAUUCUCUUGCGCAAUCAUUACCGAAAACAAAAGAAAGCACGAGAAAAUACUAUAACUAUUACAAUAGCCCUAAGAAUGUACGUUCAAUGUUUUAAUUACUUAAUGUUUUAUGGGUUAAAGCUUAGGCUUUCAGUUCUUUAUUAUUUGGAAAAGUGCCUGCGCAAGUGAGUCUGAGUUGUCAAACCAUAUCAUAAGAGAGUGCGAGAACCAAACCCAUGACGUCAACACUUAGAAGUAUUUGUUCUAUAGUGCAAUUUGUGAAUAUGCGAACAAUGAUAAAAGAUAAUAAAAUAAUUCAUUCAAA